AUGCACAACAUCUUUCAGCGAGUGCGAAAGCAGAAGCAGCAGCAAAAACGGUAUGAGAAAGGAUUGCCAGCGAUGAAAAAGGACGACUUUGCCAAGCGUCUGCAAGAACUCAGCGCCCGCCAACCGUCGUCGGGAUAUCAACCAAAUCGACUCGUGAUGCUCGAGCAUCUCGAACAAGCGCAGAGCAUCUCCAACUACCUGGACGGGCGCUUCCACGAAAUGUACGCAGCACCGGCAUUUGUAGACGAGGACGGCGACUCCGACGAGCUGGGACAGCAUCCACACUCCAAGACAUCGUCAAAGUCCGUACUGGAACCCCUCAAGCCUCUCAAAACGUCGCGGACCACGAAGGAGUUGGUCCCUCGAUCGAACCACGCAGCAUCCAAGCUCAAGCCCGCACACAGCACGACAGAUUUGAUAGACGUUGACACCCACGUCGCAGCUCCUGUUGAACGCAAACUCCCGCCCCUCUACUACCGCAUGCAGCAAGUGUGGGGCACGUCCUUGACGAGCUCUGUGUCGGAGGAAGAGCGACUUGGCCUGCCCACGACCGAGAACGCUCGCAUGUUGUUUGGCAUCGACAUCUACGAAGCCAAGGGCAUCGUUCGAGCUUUUGGAAUUUCCACGGUCGAAUCGCUUUACCAACUGUACACAAAAGAGCGGAUCUACGGCCGCGAAGGCCAGAUGCGGGAAAACAUGGCGAAAGCUGUUUAUUCGACACGCACAUCGACUCGCAUCAUGGCAAUCCUGAAACAAAUCGACGCUUUCAGCAUCUUCUUGGACGCAAAACCGAAAAAGGACGUGGCAACACCUCGCCUGGCUGGACCUACUGCCAGCGAUGUCCCGUUGAUCGAGGCCGACGAGACAGUUGACGACGAAGACAACGAGGGUGCAGAUUCGCUUGUUCAAUUGGACAACACAAUGGAGAAAGAUCCUGCCAAAAAUGCAGCUUCAGUGGACUCAGCGCUUCCUACUGCAUCUGCCAACUCGACUGACACAGCGACAACACUUACGACCUCUCCACGACCGAAUGGCCCUGCCACCGGACCGACCCAAGCUGAAGUGGCUGCUGCAAUGACGCAUCCACAUGUUGACUUGGUGGGCGUGUACUUGCAGCAGUGUGCUGUACAACAUGUGCUGCCAUCCAAGCGAGUGAUGCGUCAACUGCCUGCCAACGUCGUGAACUGCGCCCACUACAACAUGGGCAGUGAUGCCGUCGUUACCGUGUGCCGCGCAUUGCAGUGGAAUACCUCGCUGGUCGAGCUCAACUUGACCGACAAUUGGAGUCUCGAGGCGGGUGGCCAUGAGCUCGCCCAGGUUGUGGGCUCUUGCUUGAACCUGAAGACGCUGGACCUCACAAAUAAUCGGGUUGGGACACAAAGCGCGAUCGACGUCCUCCGUGCUGCGACAGUAUCUUCGUCCAUGGCACGACUCGUCCUCAAAGGGAAUAACCUGUGCGACCGCAUCCACUCGGCGAUUGGAGCGCUGCUCGCUCGCAACAAGUCGCUCAGGUUCCUCGACAUGAGCGACAACCGCCUCCGCAACAAAACGGGGGCCGCCGUCGGUGACGCCCUGCUCGAUAACACCCAUCUAGAGACGCUGCAUCUGACGUGGAACACAAUGUCGACAACGGGAUGCCUUCCGAUCUUGUCUGCGCUUGCCACCAACAAAACACUCAAGCACUUGAGUCUCGGGUGGAAUCGACUCGGUGACGAAACGGGCUGCUUUGUGGCGACCAUGCUCGUGCACAAUUGCACGCUCGAGUCGCUUGACUUGUCGAGCGCGCAACUAUCGUGUGCAUCGGUCGGCUUUCUCGCCGACGCUGUUACGUUCAACGAUGGGCUCGUUCGACUCACUUUAGACCAGAACCCAAUCGAUCAGACGGGACUGUCGCUCAUGCUGCAGGCAGCCAAACAACGGGAAAAGAAUAAAAAGCAUUCGUUGCGACUCAGUUUGGACCACAUGGUGUUCAAGCAUCGGGAAGCGGACGCGCCAAGGCCGCCGCUUCCGUAUGACCCCCGUGAUCCGUCUGGCUAUUACCGAUUCAACCUGCGGGUCCCUGCCGAACGCACCGCGUUUGAGCUGUUGAAAAUCCGCCACAAACUUCGACUGGGAACAUUUCACCAUGUCGUGGCCAACAAAUUCAAAAUCGACGCCAACCAUCUCGACCGCAUUCCGGCCAAUGCGACCGUGCGCUUCGAAUACAUUGCAACGCGUGCGUCGACGUCGGGCGAGACAGCUGACGACUUGAUCCAUUUCCGUCUGGACUUGGCCAAGCCAGCCGAUCGCGCCAUGGCACGCGCGCUCAUGCAGCGCGCCGAAGCAGAGACGGGGGAAAAUUGGCUGAACGAAACUCUCGACGGCGUCCCGUUCAACUUUGAUGAACAACGGCAUUCUGACACCAAGUGGCUGGACUUGCAUCCGACGGGGGUGCUGGAACUCGAUUACCUUUCGACGACGUUGUUCUGUGAGUCCCAUUACAAGCUGCAUCUGGACGAUAAAUCCGACCGCGCCAUGGCCUGGAAGCUCCUGGAGCGCGUGCAACGCAGCAACAUCAACAGCCGGAACAACGUCGGCGACGAGUGGCGUAACCUGACCCUGGACGGCGCCGCCCUGUCGCUGGAUGCGUGGACCAUCGCGCCGAGUGUGGCCAUGGCGGCCCUACCAACUGCCACCAAGUGGAAGUGGCGCGUGCCGAUGCAAGGCACGAUCGAGUUUGACUUUUUCACGCCGCAUCCUCACCACGUGUUGGCGCAUCACUAUCGAUUGGACCUCUCGAACGACGCCGACCGAGUCCUCGCCCACGAGCUGCGUGUCCGGUCCCUCGAAGGCAUUGGCGAGUGCUGGUGGAACGAGAUGAUCGACGGGUACCCUUUUCGCCUGAGCGAGUCGCUCGACAAGGAUUUUGAUUUUCCCCAUCGUGGCAUCCUUGAAUUCGACUUCAUCUUGCUUCGACCCGCGCACUUUGUGACGACAAUGGAGGUCGACGAGUGCCAGUUCGACCUGGGUGACUACGACGAUUACAUCCGCGCCGAGUGCCUUCGCCGAGUCGCCGCCACCGACUCGAACCAUUACGUGUGGACCAACGCGAGCAUCAACGGCAAGUCGUACGUUUUUGCGUCCAAUACGAUGCUACCUCCGACGGGGGUGCUUCAGUUCUCCGGGCUCGUCUUUCUCGGCAAAGACCCGUCACCCGCGGACAUGACAGCAUUUCUUCUUGAGCAACUCGCCCUGCACGCCGACAACCCCGACCGACAAAAGUACCUCUUGGAAGCCGCGUGCGGUAUCCACGAGCACGACGACUUGCAGCACCGAGACACGCCUCCAAUGUUUUUCACCAGCGCGAUGGUGCCAGAUAUCUUGCGCACGGUUGCAUCCGAGAAGCAUCAAGCUGAAGCGCUUCAGAUCGUGUGGCCCACCGUGCUCGACAAGUCCCGCCUGGUCGCCAAGAUCCUCGAGCUCAAGUGCGAUGGCCCGCCGCGAUGGUUUGGCGCUGGGACGUUUGCAGCGUUCGAAGCCGCCGUGCUGGACCAGUUCCUCCGCCACCGCCUUCACUUCCCUCCUAUUUAA